AUGCUCAGAUACGAUCUGAUCAACUUUAUCACUGGCUCUCGGCUGCAGCUGGAAGGUGCUUUCCGCUUCCCCCCGCGGUACCUGAAGGAAAGAAAAGCAACAAAAAAGAAAAGCGGUCAAAAGUGCCGACUAGCAUCCCUCGACUUCAACUUCAACAUAGACCUUGGGGUGAUCGAAAAUAUUGGCGUCUCGACCGAGUCAUGA